UCAGAGCUGGUGAGGAUGCUGCUUCUGAGGUUUGGCUUGAGCAACAAGUUUGACUCAGAAUUUCCCUCUGUCCUGACAGGAAAGGUUGCUCCAGAAGAAUUUAAGACUAGUAUCAGCCGUGUGAAUGCAUGUUUAAAGAAGAAUCUCCCCAUUAAUGUAAAAUGGCUGCUUUGUGGCUGUCUGUGCUGUUGCUGCACACUGGGAUGCAGCUUGUGGCCUGUUAUCUGUCUCAACAAAAGAACUAGAAGAUCAAUUCAGAAGUUGCUAGAAUGGGAAAAUAACAGAUUAUAUCAUAAGCUCGGUUUGCAUUGGAAGCUGAGUAAAAGGAAAUGUGAAACUAGCAAUAUGAUGGAAUAUGUAAUACUAAUAGAAUUCUUACCAAAAUAUCCCAUAUUUCGACCUGACUGAGGAGCAGUAUUCAGUCUUUUAUGUUACCUGCCAUUUCCUACUCUUAGUGCCUUGUAGAUGAUUUUGGAGAGAAGAUGGUCUACUUUGCUGUGACUUAAAAAUGUUAUUUGGUAGAAUAUCUUCCUUGCUAUGUUACUUUAUUUUGUUUCAGAAGAAAACAAUUUGCACAUUUUUAUGUUAAAUGAGGCUUCUAUGUUGCACUCUGAAUUUUUAACAUUAACGAUAAAUAUAUUUGCCACUAAGGAUCUAACAUCAGUGCUGCUUAAAACUUGUUCUGAGCAUGAUGCCUUAUUAAUUUCCAUAUUUGCUGUUUCCACAUGUACAUUUUAACUCUGUAUCGUAUUGCAUUCUAAAGUCAUAUUUCUAUAAAUCCUCAAUAGAAAUGUCCAAGUAAGCUUCUGAUAGUUAGCAAUGAUUUUACUAUAGCUUGCUUGCAUAAGACUUGCAAUUAACAGCACUGGUUUUGUCCUGCACUUUGCAAAAUCAUCACUUACAUUAGGGUUACAUUAUUUUACCCACUGGAUUUGUAAAUAGUGCCUCAUUACAUAAUGUAAAGUGUGGUAUGCCAAGGUUUACAGAAUGUAAUAUAGCUCUGAUUGUAUUGCCAACAGUUCUACAUAGGUAUAUUAAUGACAUUUAUUAGCAUCCUGAUUGUAUGGACCCAUUCAUAUGCCAUUUUUAUGGUAAAGCCAUAAUGAGUUUGUACAUACUAUCAGGUGUAGGGCUCAGAUGCACUUUGUUAGUAAAUGGAUGAAAAAUGCAUAGCAUUUCUGUGUUUCUUUGGAGGAUUUUCAGGAAUCUUGUUUAGCACCUGAAAUAAGGAAACAUAAGUAUUCUCGUCUUUUGAAGAAGUUGUAUUUGUGGAAUUGAUUGCAACUAAUAUAUUAUCAGACUACCCUAAAAUCCUAUUUUUAAGACACAAAUAUAUGGAAGUCAAGAAAAUAUGUUGUUGGUUUUAAAAAAAAUCAAAG